CAGUGCACAACUUUACACAGCAGAGCUGAACUCCCCAGCACAGCUUCUUCUGUGUUUGUUUGCUGACAGCUGCUCCUGUUUCUUCUGGACGUUUUAACAGGAGCAACACAACAUGAGAAUACUUUUACUACUGGCUGCCUCAGCCAUACUGUCACAUGCCCAAAAUGACUGCUCAUGGGGGGCAUGCUACCCACCCACGGAUGACUUGCUCCUUGGCAGGGCUCACCAACUUCAGGCUUCAUCUACCUGUGGCCUCACUGGCUCAGAGGUCUUCUGUACCCCGUACCAACAGAGGAAGAUGAAAUGUUGUCCGUGCGACUCCAGGAACCCAAACAGUCAGCUGGCCCACACUGUCCAGGAUGUUGUGUCCACCUCAGGGCCAGACAGAUGGUGGCAGUCCAAGAAAGAGAUGAGUCCAGUUACCCUUCAGCUCAACCUUAACAACCUGUUCCAGCUUGACAACCUGGUGCUCAACUUCAAGGGCCCUCGUCCCAGUGCCUUGGUCAUAGAGAGGACACUGGACAACGGCAAAACAUGGCAGCCGACCCUCUACAUGGCAACAGACUGUCAAAGAGCUUUUCCCAGCGUACCCACAAGAGUUCCUCUUGCCAUGGACCAGACAUACUGCUACACACUGCCCCCUACAGACACAAAUCCAUAUAAAGAUCACACAAUUGAGUACAGUCCUUUACGUCAAUACGCUUACGUCGCCGCUCCCAAAAGCCAGAUGAUUGAAGAUGUGUCUGGGUUAACAGGGCUGAGGGUGAGAUUCACAGAGCUGGGGGAUGUGCCUCAUCUGCCAGGCAGGAGUCUCAGUAGGUUUUACGCCCUGAAAGAGAUGAAGGUGAUGGGCAGCUGUAUGUGCCAUGGACAUGCUAACCGAUGUCUGCCACAAGAAUACAGCAGCAACCUUCUGCCCAGCACUAUACAGGUGAACGCACAGUGUGACUGCCAGCAUAACACAGCAGGUGUGAACUGUGAGCGCUGUGCUGAUCUCUACAACGAUGUGCCCUGGAGACCUGCAGAGGAAGGCUACACUCAUGCCUGCAAACGUUGUGAGUGUAACAACCACGCACAGCGCUGCCGGUUUGACUGGGCGCUGUAUGAGGCCAGUGGACAGAGGAGUGGAGGUGUGUGUGAAAGUUGUAUGCACCACACCACGGGGCCAAAGUGUGACCAGUGCGCUCCAGGAUACCAGCCGAACCCCCGCAGUCGAAUGGAUCGUCCUGACGCCUGCAUACGCUGCGUCUGCAGUGCCGAGGGGACAGCGAACGGCGGCCGGUGUGAUGACAGCACAGGAUCCUGUCAAUGCAAAGUGAACGUAGAGGGUCCCCGCUGUGACCGCUGCAGGACAGGAUACUACGGUCUGAGCUCCUCCAACCCGCUGGGCUGCACUAAGUGUUCCUGUUCUCCACACGGCUCCCUUUCAGACGUCUGUGAUCCAUUGACUGGCCAGUGUCUCUGUCGUCCCCACUUCCACGGCAUUACCUCUCUUUCCAUCCAGAGCAGUCAAAAGUGUCUGACUGGUCAGUGUCAGUGCAGAUCAGGCUUUGGAGGCCGAACGUGUACAGAGUGCGCUGAUAACACAUAUGGAGACCCUCUGAAAGGCUGCCAGCCCUGUGACUGUGAUGCCGAUGGAACCCUCCCAGGAGUUUGUGACAAGCAGUCGGGAUCCUGUUUCUGCCGACCGGGUGUCUCUGGAGCUCGCUGCGACUCCUGCAGUCGUGACCGCUGCGACUCCUUCCCUGACUGUGAGAUGUGUCCCUCCUGCUUCUUCAGCCUAAAGGCUCAGCGAGAGAAUGUCAGCUCGGUACUGUCGACACUUGCCUCCAGAUUAUCGUCUCAGUCUGGAGGCGGCGCUGACUUUGGGCCCCGCAUCAGUAACCUGGAGGCCACUUUGAAAGCGAUCCAGAACUCCAUGUCCUUGUCACCCAUCACUGAUACACGUGAUGCUCUUUCUAAGCUGAAGGAGCUCAGGUACCAGCUUGAUAAUGACCUUUCACCCCUGACAAAAACUCCUGGUCUGGACUCUGAGCUGGACAAACUGCAGGACCUGCUGGAACGCUUCACGCUGGAGUACAAUGCCAAGAAAAAUGCCACAAAGAGUCCCAACAAUAUAGGGGCAUUCAACACCAUCAGAUACGCCUACGAUAACUCGACAGAUGCCACCAAAAAAGUUGAGGCCGGGAAAAAUACCGUAAAGGAAUCAACUGAUGUCCGAGGAAAAACUGAGGACAUUCCGAGCAAAGUACAACCGGCCAACACCAGAGAUCUGGAUAAACUGAACAACAGCAUGGCCUCCCAACCCAACCUCACUCCUGUUGCCAAACAAGUGUGUGGCAGUGUUCACUCCGAGUCCUGCACACCUCUCCAGUGUGAUAUUGGAGAUUUGUGCCCACCAGGGGGAGACGCACCCUGUGAAAAGGGGGGAAAGUGUGUGGGCGCUCUGCCUCUGAGCAAGAAGGCAGACGCUGAUGCCAAUGAUGUGAGGGAGGGACUGGACAAACUCUCUGGGAGGAUCACCGAUGCUGCAGAGAAGCUGCAGAAAACACAGGAGAUGACCAAUCAGGUGAGGCAGUCUGCAGAGAAGCUGUCCAGUAAGCUGCAGCAGGCCAGAGAUAAACUCGAAGACGACCUAAAUGAGACACGCAGCGUUGUGAAAGAGCUCAAAGACUUCCUGUCAGACCCAUCCGCUAACCUGACCCAUGUCCAGGAGGUGAGCGACUGGAUCCUGAAUGCCAAGCUGCCCCCCAGAUUGGCAGGGCUUAAAGGGAAGCUGCAGGAGCUGAAGGAUCUGACAGCCAAUCUACCAGACAGCACAGCGGUGCUGAAGGAAGCUGAGCCACAGUUAGAUGCAGCCAAGAAACUGCUACAGGAUGCACAGGACGCCAGGGACACAGCACUGGGUGUGAAGGCUGAUGUUGAUGGGCUGCUGGCAGGCUUCGCCUCAGUGAGCCCUUCCCUUGCUGAGCUGGAACACAAAUUGCAUGACAAAAUUAAUGUCAUAGAGACCUUGAAUAACAACCUUACUAAGGCCAAAGACCAGCUGGUGCCAGUAGAGAAGGCUCUGGACGAUGUAGCAACACUGAUAAAGCCAAUGAAACCCCAGCUGGAAAAGCUGAGAGACCUGCUGCAGGAUGGAGGUCAGCAGGCUGAAGAUGCACGGGACAAUGCAGAAAACGCUGAUAAAGAAGCAGCUGCUGGAAAUCAGAACCUGUUGACUUUGGAGAAGCACCUUGACCAUCUUAAAGAGAAAGAUGUUCCCGGGACAGAUGGUGAGACGGAGCCAGCGGGGGAUCGACUGAACAAACUGCAGCAGGAUGCUGGAGCUCUGGCUAACAUAACCAAAAACAUGCUGCAGGCUCUAGACGGAAAAGCCGACUCCAUCCAAAGACUGCAGGACAAGAUAGUUCAGAAAUCAACAAAGCUUGAACAGCUCGAUGUCGAACUUAAAACACUUCUGACACAACUCCGUAAGAAAGCUGAAGAUCUCAGUGAAUGCCAGGGCUGAGUUCACAUGUAGCAGUGCAGUUAGUAUGUAACUGUAAUAUAACACUGUCUGAGGAAUUACAACCAUUUUAUACAUACUCUCUAUUUUAAAGACUCAAAAGUAAUUGGACAGUUGACUGACAGGCAGUUUCAUGGCUGCACGCGACAUGUUGCUCAUUAAAAAGCUGAAAGAUUUGAUCCCAAAUGAUACAUUUAUAUUUAGUGGCUGUUCACAAGAACUAUGAGCUCCGAGAUAAGUAAGUAGAGGCUGUCAUUAAAAAUCAAAAUAAAUCAGACAGACAGAUUAGAAACAAUAAAACUAGCUCACAAAUUUAAAAUUUUGUGAGUUUACGUUUUAGACAAUGUAAUUCCUGCACAGGUGAAUAACAGCAUGAAAGACUUUGAUUAUCUGAAACACCCUGUGGUGGUGUACAGACACAGUAUUCAUAGGUACAAGUAUUAAUAUGCAGUAUAACAACUCUCACUGUACCUUCUACUGCUGUUUCUGAUGUCGUCGUGCUUAGAGACCAAAAUUUACUUCAGCAUGUACGGGUUACUCAGACCUGCGCUGUACCAACUGCCUUUGAAUGAGAAACAUACGACAAGCUUUAAUGAAAAUGAAUUUCAGCAUCAUGAACACCAAAGCUGAUGUUUUUGGUCCUAUUUGAAUGUAACCUUACCCUGUAUUUGUGCCAGUCACAUCUCUCAUGGUUUCUAGAGUCAUAUUGCUGCCUGUAUAUUUAUCACUAAUCUGCAAUCUGUUUCAACAAAGUUUCAUGUUCACAGCAACACUGCAUUUUUCCAAAGUGGAUAAAGGCUGAAGGUUCCCUUCUUUACUGAUUUGAAUCUGUUGUUCAUGCAUAACAAACAGGAACACAACAGGUUUAGUGAGAAAAUGGUUGUUUGCUUGUUUUAAAUGGCUGUAUUUAAUUGUUUCUAUAAUUUAAAAAAACUGUAUUUCACUACAUUUGUGGAAUAAAAUCUAUUCUUUAUAUCAA